AUGCCAUUCCUUUGGGGUUGCAUCAUUCGGACGAAGUUCGAAGUAGCUCAGAUGUUAAGAAACUGGAGUUGUCGUCGUCGUCGUCGUCGUCGUCGUCGUCGUCGUCGUCGUCAUCGUCGUCGUCGAAGAGGUCAAGUUCCUCCCAUUCACAAGCCACCUAUCUCCGCUAACAACCGCCCUACACCUGCCACUCUCAGCCUCCGUGGCGCCGCCCUCCGCAUGAGCGCGCACGCGCGGAACGCUCUCGUGCUGAACACGUGCGCUCUGCGCCUCCGGGCGGAAUGCAGCGCCAGGGGUACGGGCCCGCCCUGCGCCGCGCCCGCCUCCGUCCCUGGCCCCUCCGCCUCACUGCAGCCUCACCUCUGCUCCUGUCACGUCUCCGUCCUGCCCCUGCCCCUGCUCCCGCCCGCCACCGCUACGUCCCGCCAUCGCUCUCGCCACCGCCACCGCUCCGCUCCCGCCCCCGCUCCCGCCCGCCGGCCUCCCGCCCCGCCCCGCUUCUCAGCCCCCGGCUCCAGCCCCGCUCAGCCCGCUCCGCCCCCGCCCCAGAACUCCGCUCCAGCCGCUCCAGCCCCCCCCAGGCCCCGCUCCGCCCCGCUCCGCCCCCGCUCCAGCCCCCGCUGCCAGCACCCGCUCCUGUCGCCCGGCUCCAGCCCCGCUCCUGUCCCGCCCCAGCCGCCCGCUCCAGCCCGCCGCUUCAGCCGCCGCCUCCAGGCCUCCGCCUCCAGUCCCCGCCUUGUGUACUUCGUUGUUUUGGGAAACAAUCGGACCACUAAGCUUUCGGGCGCUCCCCCCGCCAUCGCAGAAGUUGGUUGUCCUGCCCGUGGCUUGCGGGCAGCCCGGCGUCUCACCGUGCGCUGCCCGCCAGCAUUCGCGUCAGCUGCGCGCCGGGCGUUCGCCGUCGCGAGAGGCGUCGUCGCUUGUAAGACCAUGUGUAAAUCAGAACGACGUAACAAGAUGAAAGUACCGGCAGAAAUAUUGCUCUUGAUACGAUCUGCUUCGCCGCAACAUAUUAUAGUUAUCGAUUACUCCAAAUCAGUGUCGUGCCUCGACCAUUAUCCACAUCCAAAAUUGCUCUUCCUGCGCUCGAUCUCGCUUCCGGGCCAUUGGCCGCCCUUCGCAGCCUCGGAGCGAGGAGUUGCUCGUGGGCGAGGGAGCACCUGCGGCAGGGCACGCGACCGAGGGUGGGCGGCGCCCCAAUUGAAUCGAUCCCGUGGCGAGAACGGGGGCGCGGCGCGCCCGCAACCCUGUGACGUCAUCGCCGGAAGGUCAGUGGAGCCUUUGGAGCGACAAAGGGCGGCGGAGUCGGCGUCGGCGGCGAUGGCGGGCGGGCCCGCGUUUGAGCGCUGUGGCAAGCGGCCUCUGCCCGCCUCUGUGCUUUGCUCGUUAGCUGCCGAGUACACGGGACGACCUGGCCCGCGCCGACCCUUGAGAGACGAGGAAUUCGAUACUCGGGUGGCCAAUGCGUUGCUUCGAUGUAACGUUUCACUCCCGCGUGCUGCAGCCCUGAAUAUUCACAUCGCGCGCUUCCCCGUCUGCCAUUUUUGUGUCUCCACUGUCAACCCCACCGCCGCCCCAACCGCCUCGCCCUCGCGGCCCUUGCGCGGCUCAGUUGCCUGGCGCGUCAUCGUGACGCAGGCGCAGGCGACAGAUGCUCCUGCCAGAUGGACGGCACGGCGUCCUUGCCAGACGCGGGCGCGCGAAAUUGUGUUUGAAGGGAACGCGCCCUUCCCGUGA